AUGUACGCCUACGACAACAGAUACACCGACGUCAACUCCUACCGUGAGCGCCGAAGUGACCUAAUGGGUCCAGCGCCUGCGGUGGCUCCGCCAGCGGGCCCCGCCUAUGGCCGUGGCGGUGGGGCAGCCCCGUAUGCGGGCCCGACGCCUCCAGUCGCCCCGUAUUCUGGACGAGUAGCUGGACCGGUAACCGGUCCAGGAGACUUUAAUGGGUACCCGCCGUUCCAGCCCCCUUCGGGUCGGUUCAAUAUUGGGCGAGGUGGUGGUAAUGGGAGUUUUGGUGGCAGAGCCUCCAAUGGUCAUAUUGGUGGUGGGAGGGGCCGAGGCGGUGGUGGUAGGUUUGGUGGUGGUAGGGAUUUUGAUGGAGGCCGUGGCGGUGGCGGUAGGAGCUCUGGUUUUAGCCGCGGUGGAAGCGGUGGGCGUGGAUUUGGUGGAAGAGGAGGAGGUAGACAUGGUGGGUCAUCAGGAGGAGACUUGGAUAACAUUGUGCUUCCCAAGCAAGAUUUUAGGAGCUUGGUACCUUUUGAGAAGAAUUUCUAUGUUGAGAGCUCUUCGGUGAGGGCAAUGUCAGAGCAGGAGGUUAUGGUGUAUCGCAACAGGCGGGAAAUUACCGUCGAAGGGCAUGAUAUCCCAAAGCCGAUUCAGAUGUUUGAGGAUGCGAAUUUCCCUGAUUACUGCCUUGAUGCUAUUGCAAAAUUGGGUUUUGUUGAACCAACACCAAUUCAGGCUCAAGGAUGGCCAAUGGCAUUAAAGGGUAGAGAUUUAGUUGGAAUUGCCGAGACUGGUUCUGGUAAGACUUUGUCCUAUCUGCUCCCAGCUUUGGUGCAUAUUAGCGCACAGCCUCGGUUAGUGCCAGGUGAAGGUCCUAUUGUGCUAGUAUUAGCACCUACUCGAGAAUUGGCAGUUCAAAUUCAAGAAGAAUCUUCAAAAUUUGGCUCACGUUCUAAUAUUAGGAGUACUUGCAUUUAUGGUGGUGCUCCAAAAGGACCCCAGAUACGGGAUCUUAAAAGAGGGGUUGAGAUUGUCAUAGCUACACCUGGCCGUCUGAUAGAUAUGUUGGAAGCACAGCACACAAAUUUGCGAAGAGUGACCUACCUAGUUUUGGAUGAGGCUGACAGGAUGUUAGACAUGGGGUUUGAGCCUCAGAUAAGGAAAAUUGUAUCACAAACCCGACCAGAUCGGCAGACAUUGUAUUGGAGUGCCACAUGGCCAAGGGAGGUUGAAACUUUAGCAAGGCAGUUUUUACGUAACCCAUAUAAGGUAAUCAUUGGAUCAGCAAGUCUUAAAGCAAAUCAAUCUAUAAAACAAGUUGUUGAAGUUGUGUCAGAUGGGGAGAAAUAUAAUAGGCUGAUCAAACUGCUCAAAGAAGCAAUUGUUGGGAGCCGAAUUCUGAUAUUUGUCGAGACGAAAAAGGGAUGUGACCAAGUUACUAAGCAAUUGAGGAUGGAUGGAUGGCCAGCUCUAUCCAUUCACGGUGAUAAAAACCAGGCCGAAAGGGACUGGGUCUUGGCUGAGUUUAAAAGUGGAAGGAAUCCUAUAAUGACUGCCACUGAUGUGGCUGCGCGGGGUCUUGAUGUGAAGGACAUAAAAUGUGUGAUCAAUUAUGAUUUUCCAUCAAGCCUAGAAGAUUAUGUCCACAGAAUUGGACGAACCGGUCGUGCAGGGGCAACAGGAACUGCUUUAACCUUUUUCACACACGCGAAUGCGAAAUUUGCUAGGGAACUAAUCAAGAUCCUGCAAGAAGCAGGUCAGGUGGUUAGCCCCGCAUUGGCCGCAAUGUCCCGGUCAAGUGGUAGUUUCGGAGGCUCUGGAGGGAACUUCCGCAAUAGAGGGCGAGGAGGAGGAUUUGGGAAUCGGAUUUCGGGUUCAAAUACUGUUCCUAUUGGUUACAAGAGGCCAUGGUAG